GCUCUGGGGCAGACCAUUUGAGAGCGAGCAGCGCGAGGACGUGCCGCGUAUAUACGCACGAGCACCAGCAUUAGAAAAGUUACGCACGGUCAUCUACAGCAACUUUUAUCAAUUACCUGAACCGGUCCGUGAGUCUUGAGCGCAGAAAGUGGAUGUUUAUCUGAUUUUGGACAUUUUCUUCCAGUUGUUUUUGGGGCAAUACGAGCCCGGACUUUGCACCCUGCGCCCAUCGCUUGUUUUGGAUGGAUUUAUAACAUUUUUUAAAGGAACCAACCAAUAAUUUUAGCUGGAUUGGAGACUGUUCACAAUCAACAAAAACUGUUUUUUGGAUACGUCUCGGGACAAAUGUGGAGUUUAAGACCGAGGCGAGAGGACGCGGAGUAGCCCCGGGACGAGGUUUUCCGAGGUCUGUCCGAUGCCUUUUUCCGGACUGUGGUUCUGAGGCGGUCUCCAGCCUUGGUCCAGUCCAGGUCCAGUAGUUCUUUGGUGGGAUCCUGUCAGUACUUCGCUGGAACCAUGUGCGGGCUAAAACUGGUCUUGGUCCUGGUUCCGAUCCUUCUCCCGAGCCUGUUCUCCUCAGUGACCUGCAGAUCCGUCGAGCACAAGAACAAAGGUUUGCGCGUUUCCAGACCCCUCAUCCUGCCCGGGUUCCCAGAGAACAGCAGUGUGGCUUUGGGCGGACAGGCUAAGCUCCUCUGUAAAGUUCACCGACCAGACAAAACCCAGGUCCAGUGGCUCAAAGCGGAGAUCAGCAGCAGUUCAGAGGAGAACCAGGGCCAGCGUUUCCAUCUCCAGGCUCUGACGCCUUUACAGAAUAAUGGCACUAAAACCUACUCACUCCAUUUGAGCAACAUCACAGCAGAGGACGGAGGAGAAUACAUCUGCCUCGCCCAAAGUGUCCACCAGGGCCAGACUGUGCAAGCCAUGGAGUCGGCCUGGCUUCAAGUUAUCCCGGGUACGACUGUAUCCAAAACAGUGGACCGGUCAUCCUCUGAAGCAUCUCAAGACGUUCUGGAGGACCUGCUGGACGACACCACAGAGCACCUCUUGCUGGAGCCGGGGAACGUGCUGAAGCUGAGGUGUGACCUGAGCUCUCGACCCGGGAUGGCGGUCUCCUGGUACAAAGACGGACACCGGGUCUCGGCCACGCCCCGGGUCCAGAUGAGAGGGACCUCCAUGGAGAUCGCCGACGUGAACUACGACGAUUCUGGGGUCUACGUGUGUGCCCUCAGAGGAACUAAAGCACCACUCAGGAACUUUACUAUCACUGUCACUGAUGCUCUUGGCUCCGGUGACGACGAUGAAGACAACGGUUUGGACGAUGCUUCGGCUGAAAUUGAAAACGACCAGGUUUACAUUUCACGAGGCCCUUACUGGACUCACAUACAGCGGAUGGAGAAGCGGCUCUACGCUGUUCCCGCCGGCAACACUGUUAAGUUCCGAUGCCCCGCCAUGGGAAGCCCUAUGCCCUCAAUACGCUGGCUAAAAAACGGGCGAGAAUUUCGGGGAGAGCACCGCAUCGGAGGAAUCAAACUAAGGCAUCAACAUUGGAGUUUGGUGAUGGAGAGCGUGGUUCCGUCUGAUCGAGGAAACUACACCUGUGUGGUUGAGAACAAAUAUGGUUCCAUCACUCACAGCUACGUCCUGGAUGUUCUGGAGCGCUCCCCCCAUAGGCCCAUCCUCCAGGCCGGUCUCCCCGCCAACACCACCGCCAUCGUGGGCCAAGACGUUCGGUUCUUCUGCAAAGUUUACAGUGAUGCUCAGCCGCACAUCCAGUGGCUCAAACAUAUCACCAAGAACGGGAGUGGAUACGGCCCAGAUGGGAUGCCAUAUGUGCAACUUAUCAAGACUGGCAGUUUAAACAUGUCUGAAGUAGAAGUCCUCCAUCUUGCUAAGGUAACUCUAGAAGAUGCAGGACAGUACACGUGCUUGGCUGGAAACUCCAUUGGCUUCGCUCACCAGUCUGCGUGGCUCACCGUGCUAUCAGAGGAGGAAGCCAACGCGAUGGAGGCGAUGGAGACCAAAUACACAGAUAUUAUCAUUUACGCCUGUGGGUUCGUGGCUCUGAUCAUGGCGGUUAUCAUCGUGGUACUGUGCCGGAUGCAGGUUCACCCCAGACGAGAGCCAUUCGACGCACUUCCUGUUCAAAAACUCUCCAAGUUUCCUCUGCGCAGACAGUAUUCGGUGGAUUCCAACUCGUCCGGGAAGUCUAGCGCCUCCUUGAUGCGAGUGGCGCGACUCUCCUCCAGCUGUUCCCCAAUGUUGGCCGGAGUUAUGGAGUUCGAGCUGCCCUAUGACCCCGAGUGGGAGUUUCCCAGAGAAAAUCUGACUCUGGGUAAACCGCUGGGAGAAGGCUGCUUUGGUCAGGUGGUCCGGGCCGAGGCGUAUGGUCUAAACAAAGAUCAGAUGGACAAACCCACUACAGUCGCUGUCAAAAUGCUCAAAGACGACGCCACAGAUAAAGAUUUAGCCGACCUAAUUUCAGAAAUGGAGCUGAUGAAGGUCAUGGAUAAACAUAAAAACAUCAUAAACUUGCUGGGAGUCUGCACGCAGGAUGGCCCUCUGUAUGUCCUGGUGGAGUACGCGUCCAAAGGGAGCCUCAGGGAGUACCUCAGAGCCAGGAGACCGCCCGGGAUGGACUACAGCUUCGACAUCACCAAAGUCCCCGAGGAGCAGCUCACCUUUAAAGACCUGCUCUCGUGCGCCUACCAGGUCGCCCGAGGAAUGGAGUACCUCGCCUCGAAAAGGUGCAUUCACAGAGAUUUGGCUGCUAGAAAUGUUUUGGUGACGGAAGAUAACGUUAUGAAGAUCGCAGACUUUGGUUUGGCCCGAGGAGUUCAUCAGAUCGACUACUACAAGAAAACUACCAACGGACGUUUGCCUGUAAAAUGGAUGGCCCCUGAAGCGUUAUUCGACCGUGUUUACACUCACCAAAGCGACGUCUGGUCUUUUGGCGUAUUGAUGUGGGAGAUAUUCACUCUGGGAGGCUCACCGUACCCUGGCAUUCCCGUGGAGGAACUUUUCAAACUCUUAAAAGAAGGACAUCGAAUGGACAAACCCUCAAACUGCACGCACGAACUCUACAUGUUGAUGCGCGAGUGUUGGUACGCUGUUCCAACGCAACGACCUACUUUCAAACAACUGGUGGAGGAGCUCGACCGGACUUUACUGUCUGUUUCUGAUGAGUAUUUGGACCUCUCUACACCUUUCGAGCAGUACUCCCCGUCAUGUGAGGAUACUUCCAGCUCCUGCUGCUCUGACAAUGACUCGGUUUUUACCCACGAUGCCUUGUCCACGGACCCCUGCCUUUUGGCCUAUCACGACGUGCCUCAUCGAAUCCACGCCAAAACCGCGCUCAGAUAAACUCAAAUCUGCAACGUUUUCCGUUUUUGUCGGAUUUCCAGAGGCCUUACUUUGGAUUGCAUUCAGAAGCAAAUGGGAGUUGACACACUUUUAAAGCAGUAGCAUUUUGGAUGUUUCUUCAAAUCAAUUUCCUGGAAUAAAAUAAGCAAUAACUUUAUUUAGAUAUUUUUAUAAGAGCACGCUUAGCCCUCUAUUAUUUAUUUAGCUGAUGUUGCUACCGGACCAAAAUCAAUGGUACUACUACAGUUUGUGGCUAAUGUUGUGCUAACUCCUUGGUUCAUUCAUACAUACUGAAAAACGUAGCAAUUAGCGUCAGUUAGCUGCUAUGUUUGUUUCUUCAAAUAAAUUUCCUGACAUUAAACAAAUAAGCAACAACUUUAUUUAGAUUUUUUUUUUUUUUUAUUAGCGCGCCUAGCCUUCUAUUAUUUAUUUAGCUGAUGUUGCUACCGGACAAAAACGGUACUUCUGCUGUUUGUGGCUAACUUCUAAAUGCUAACGUUGUGCUAACUCCUUGAUACUGAACAACAUAGCAAUUAGUGUCAGUUAGCUGCUACAUUUGUUUCUUCAAAUACAUUUCCUGAAGUUAUGAAAAUAAGCAACAACUUUAUUUAGAUGUUUUAUGAGAGCACGCGUAGCCUUCUGUUAUUUAUUUAGCUGAUGUUGGUAAUUGGACCAAAAUGGUACUACAACACUUUGCAGCUAACUUCCUAAAUGCUAACGUUGUGCUAACUCCUUGGUUCAUACGUACUGAAGAAGUUAGCUUCAGUUAGCUGCUAUAUUUGUGUAUUGGUCAACUCCUGUUUACUGUCAAUGCUACGGACAUUUUCCAAAGUCCAAGGAUCUCAUGUUGGGACCACGUUUGGGACCUGUUUACGGACCCUCGGCUGGAGCACUGUGGAGAUAACUCUUUUGUUGAUUUCAAUGUUUUUUGGACAUUUUUGGACAAUGAUGUCAGAGAAACUGCAACAAAAACGCAGCACUAAUCCACCAGAGGAGCAGAAGAAGAAGAAGAAGAAGACAUCGUUCUGACACACAUUUAAAAGACAUUUUUAAACUAAAAAAGAUUUAUUUUGAUAAAAAAGAAAGUGAUGUUAAUUAUAAAUCUCUUUAUAUAAGAUUAUUUUACUGUUGUUGCUUAUUUAAGAAGAAGAAGCUGUAUUAAACUCAGGAGUUCUUGUGUUGAAGUUGCUGUAGAGGCCUGAUCAUGAUUUCCUGUGAAUAUAUUUAGAUUAUUAAAGUAUUAAACUAUGUACAUAUCAUUAAAUAA